AACAAAUAGAGAUGUAAAUACUGAUACAGUAAUUAUGGAUGAAAACCAUGUCUGCUGAGGCCAGCUGAGAUUGCCAGAUGACAUUGCGCUGACGCUGAGCCGAGGCUGGUGCAGACUUCCUGUUUUGUGGCGAAGCACUUUUCAGUCUGCUGCUCUGGAGGUCUGUAACUCCGAGAUGUUAACACUGUAUCCGCAGUAACGCAGAGGCCACACGGGUACACCGGAGCAUGGAGUUGGUGUCUGUGCAGUAUGAAUUUGAGUACACAGCGAAGGAUGGCCGACUUGUGUCCAUCAAGCCUAAUGAAAGUUACAUCCUGGUCUCCAAGACUAAUGAGCACUGGUGGCACGUCCGCAAAGACCAGCACAGCAGACCCUUUUAUAUCCCUGCGCAGUAUGUGAAGGAGCUCCUAUCACUUACUGAAAACCCUCCUGGUCCUAAUAGCUUGAAACCACUCGAGUGUGUGACUAACAGUAAGCCAGGGGAUAUGGCUCACAUAACACCACGUAAAGCGACAGCAGGGAAUCGUGUAUCAGCUCUGGGCGCUUCAAGAGAGACACACCGCUUCUCCACUUUUGGUUUCUGUGAGAACAUACCAGAUGUGAAGCCCAGCGAGACUCUGGAUGGAGGACAAACCACCAGCAGCUUUGCAGACAGCCAGGAUAAAAUAAAGACACACGAUUCAACAACAGGCUUUUCAUUUACCUCUGCACCUCUGAAUACUGACAACCUGCAACUGUACGCAAAAUCUCAUCAUGUGCCAAAGGUCAAAAACGGACAAAAACAGCCACUGAAGGAUGAUGAAGUCAAACAACCACAGAUUUUUCUACACAAUGAGGAUAUGGACUUCCCUUUACCCCCUGAUUCACCAAUAUAUGACACCAUACCAGAGCUGAACAUCCCAGAAUUUGACACGUUUCCUGAGCCUCCUAGUCCUGUUGCUUCAAAUGACACAUUGACGUUUGAGCUGCAGAAUUCAAAUCAAACUGCAGAAACAACUUCCUCUACAAAUGGGCCUCCCGUUGAGCAGGUGGGGAAUGAAAGUCUCCGGUCAGCCGUGUACGUCAAUGUAGCACAACUUCGCCAAAGCAUCUCCGAGUCUCCCCCCUCGGCUCCUUCGUCCCACUCUCCUUCCUACCUUGACCCAGAGGGAUGGGAGGCGCACGUUGAUCAAGAGAGUGGACAGGAGUACUACUACCACCCCACCACGGGGCGCACCACCUGGGACAACCCCUAUCUAGACUCCCCCACAGACCCUGAGCCGCCUUGUUCCCCCUCACCUCCUCAGUCACCCACCCUUUCUCCUUCCCUCGCCUCCCCCCCUGCGUGGAUCUCAGACUGGGAGCAGUUGGUGGAUGAGACCAGCGGUCGACCAUACUUCUACAACCAGAUGUCUGGGGAGACGUCCUGGGAGCCUCCAGAGCAUCUGAGCCCGUACCCCCCUCUGAUGGAGCCGAUGAGUGUGCACAGGUUUCACGAGGACGGCCCGCCUCCCCUACCUGAGGAGGACUACCCCUCGGAGGAUUACCCAGCUGCUGAUCAUCCAGAGGGAUACCAGGAUCUCCUCGCGGCAGGCCCUCCCACCCUCCCUAAAGAGUACACCCUCAGUCAUGUGAGCCAGACCAUCAUCCCCCGGGCCAACCUGGACCGCAGCACCCAAAUGGGUUGGAACCUCAGUGUGGAGCCCAACGGGACUUGGGUGUUCACUAGUGAACACUCUCCCGAGCAGUGGAUCAAGUCUGUGGAUGAGCGAGGGCAGACCUACUACUACCUGAGAGACGGCUCCAGGUCUCUGUGGAACCUGCCUGAGGUCCCUGUACCUCCUGGUCAGUCCAGGAUGGAGAAUGGUGUCGAGGCAGACAAUCAGUCAGUCAUCAAAAACUGGAGACACACCAUGGGACCUGUACAGCUCAGCUCAGCCCAGAGUGAUGGGAGGUUCGUCCCAUCUCACAGGAGGAACACGUCCGACUACAGCAGCGACAGCUCCAGUACAGGAAACUCUCCAGAGACGCAACAUAACGUGCAGAACUUAGAAAAAGCCGGAAUUCUUAACAAAACAAAAGUGUGUGAGAAUGGCAAGAAAGUAAGGAAAAACUGGGCCCAGACUUGGACGGUUCUCCAUGGAGGAGUGCUGACGUUCCACAAAGACCCAAAGUCGGCAGCAACAGGGGCCUCGAAUAAGACCAAUCAGAUUGUUCCGGAGGUCACGGUCGACCUGCGAGGAGCGUCGAUUGGCAAGGCCUCGAAGGACAAAUCCAGCAAGAAGAAUGUUUUGGAGUUAAAAGGCAAGAACGGUGUGGAGUUUCUGAUACAGUACGACACAGAAAGCAUCAUCGCUGACUGGCACAAAGUCUUAGUGGACACCAUACGACAACUGGAAUACCAGGACCAUCAUUCAGAGGAGGAGGACGGGGACUUAUAUGAGAAGAUCGGCAACACAGAGAAAGUUGAUGAGAAGUUUGGAGGUGGCAUUGAAAAGCGAAGAUCCUCCAGGCCGAGUGUCACACACUCAACCAGCUCUGCAGGAGACACAGACCAGAAGAGGGUUCGAACAAAGCUGAUGAAGUUCCUCAUGAAACGCCCCACGCUGCAGUCGGUGAAGGAGAAAGGCUACAUCCGAGACAACGUGUUUGGUUGCCAUCUGGCCACACUGUGUGCACAAGAGAGGACCACAGUUCCUAGUUUUGUGGAGAAAUGUAUCAAAGCAGUGGAAAAGAGAGGUUUAGAAAUUGACGGUCUCUACAGAGUGAGCGGGAACCUCGCUGUCAUUCAGAAACUACGCUUCAAGGCAGAUCAUGAGGAACUGGACCUCGAGGACGGCCAGUGGGAGGACGUUCACGUCAUCACCGGAGCUCUGAAGUUGUUUUUUCGAGAGCUUCCUGAGCCGCUUUUCCCAUACAGCCACUUUAAUAACUUCAUCUCAGCCAUCAGAAUUCCUGAUUACAACAAAAAAGUGUCUUUCAUGUGUGAACUGGUCAACUCACUUCCUCCUUCAAAUCAUGAUACCAUGGAACUCCUUUUUGGGCAUUUACGCAGGGUCAUUAAAUACGGGGAGGACAAUCGCAUGACUGUGCAGAAUGUGGCUAUUGUAUUCGGCCCGACUCUGCUUCGGCCAGAGACGGAGUCAGCCAACAUCACCAUGCACAUGGUCUUUCAGAACCAGAUUGUGGAGUUCAUCCUGAAUGAAUACGAGCGUAUUUUCCACUCCAGCUGAAGCAGUCACAAGCCUCCAGUGCAGACCUGGGCAAACGUCUAAAUGUGCCCAAGUUCGAAGUGCUAGAUUUACCUUUUUUGCAUGCACAUAAACAGCUUCAAUCUAAAACAUCUUGUAAAAUAAGCUAAAGGGUUCUUCAAGUUUUCUUUGCUCAAAAUAUUUGAGGUUUAACCACGUAAAAAUAGAUAAAAAUGGAUCUUCAAAUGGCCUUUGCACAGAAUGUUUGAAGUAUGUUUAACCACACUGUCUAGAUUUACUCCGUAGGAGGCCGGCACUGUUAGAGCUAUAUUUGGCAGUAUUGUAGGAUUGGAAAGGAAGCCACACAGGUGUAAACAGGUGUGGUUUGGUUUCCCGUCUCUGAGCUAUUGAGCUUGGUGUUUGGGUGGAAGAAAGACUGUAUAAGAUUGCUCUGGCUCCCUGUCUUAAUCUCACAAGUCAGAUUUUAUCUGUUUGUUUUUAUUUCUGGCUUGUCUAAAUGGCAGUGAUAAUAGAACCCAAGUCAACCUGGACGCAUGCAUUAAUGCUCUCUUAAAGAAAUGAUCAAUGAUUGCUUCCAUCUUUAUUUUAGAAAGUUUAUUGACAUUUAAAUAUUGUUUUUAAUUUAAAACGACAGUAUAUCGUAUAUGGCAAUAACUGAGAUUGUAUUCUAAUAGUUUCAUUUUUACCCAUGAAUUUUAUUGUAAUAUAGAAAUGUAUAAAAAAGAAAUAUUAAUACCAACAUAUUGCUGUGAAAUAGAUGGUGACAUAGAGUACUUGUGCAACCUAUAGAUUAUUUUCCACAAUAAAAUGCCAUUUUUCAAUCAUGCUGUACUUGAAAAAACUGUAACACCAUAGAAAUAUAAACUAGUGACAGUAAAAUCAGUCGGACCAUGAAAGAGAAAAGUGGAUUCUAGAAGAGAUUUAUGACCUGUAAAUAGAAAUAGAAGGCAUAUUUAUGCUGAAAGUUGUUGAAAAUGCACAAGUUAUUACAUAAUAAAAAAUAACUUUGUAAAAAAUCA